AUGGACGAUAAUGUUACGCGGCGUUAUGCAUCAAAGGCAGAGAAUCCAAUUGAUUACAUUCAGUACGAUCAAGGCGAAGAUCGGUGGUUGUGUACAUUACUCCUUCAGCGUGGUUAUCGAGUCGAGUACUGUGCAGCAUCUGAUGCGCUUACGUACGCACCGGAAGGCUUUAAUGAAUUCUUUAAUCAGCGACGACGCUGGAUUCCAUCAACAUUGGCUAAUAUCAUUGAUCUUCUACAGGAUUACAAGAAUGUCAUUAAUGUUAACGAAUCGAUAUCUAUUUGGUAUAUCGUGUAUCAGUGCAUAAUGCUAGUAUCAUCAGUAGUGGGCCCAGGAACAAUUUUUCUAAUGGUUGUUGGUGCACUAUCGAUUUCAUUCAACAUCGAUACCGCUUUAGCGCUAUUUAUUGUUACCUUACCGGUCACUCUAUUCUGUUUGCUUUGCUUCGUAAGCGAUUCGGAGAAACAGGUCAUUUUAUCUUCAUAUUGUUUUAAAUUUUCUUCAUAG